UCAAAAAUCAAAAAUAUGUCGGCAACCGUGUUAGUACUUUGUACUCGAUGCAAAUGCAAACGACAAACCCCACCUUUUCAUAGAAGAGGAAGAAAAAAUUAGCAGUUUUUAUUUUAUUUUUUUUGACGAAAAAGUUUCUUCUUUAUUCUGUUUUUGAAACAUUUUGGUUUAAUUGUGUGCCGGAAAGUCGAGUCUGAGUUUUCACUCUUUGAAUGCGACUGUUCUUUUAUUCAUCCCAAUACCAUUGACUUGUUCACUUAUUCAAUUUUGGUAGUUGAGGUUGAAAUAUCUGCACGGAUAAUCUAUCUGCUAAUUCAAUCCAAUACUCUCUUCUAGUUUUAGAAAUUUACAUAUUCUCGUUUCUACUCUGUCGUACAACUACAGAAUCCAAAAUAUAAGUUGCAGAUUUAGAAAAUUAGCCAACCAAAUGCAGUUGUUGAUGUGCAGUUGGUGAUUGCUGAGCUGUACUCGUCGUGAAAACCCAUCCAUCUCCUGUGCUGCUCUACCUCUAAAAGGUAAAAUUCAUUUUGUGUGUGUUUAUCUUUUUGUAUUGUGCUUAUGUGUUGAAAAAGACUGCCUUAUCAGCUGGGGAAUUGAGUAUUAAAAUUGUGUUUCUUUUGAAAAGUUUUGAAUCUUGAUAUUUCAUGUCCAAAUCAUGACCUUUAUUUAUUUGAUUAUUCAUUAGAGAUGCAGUGCUGGAUCAAAUCUUUGUUGGUAGAUGAAGUUGAAACAAUUGAGUAAUGGGAUUUUAACUGUUUUACAUACCUUGAUUCUGAAAUUGGGGUUAGCAGUAGAGAAAGAGAAAGCAUCUGAGGUCUAAGCAUUCCAUAUUCCUAGUUUGUUAGUAGUAAUAGAAAUUUGGGAAAAGAUUGAAUCUUGAAUGUGAAUUGGCCAGUUCAGGGUGAACACAUCUUCAUUAGUAUAACGAUUCUGUUUUUCAUUUGGGGCCGAGGCUUAGUAUGGACCGAAGGCACGUGAUUGGUAAGAGGCUGGGGUCGCCUUCUUCACCGGCCAGAGGUGCUUCGGGACAGGGGAGAGACAAUUACUAUCUCUAUCGUGAUCAGGGUCCGUCUAGUUACAAUGGGAACUCUUAUUAUGCGCGGGGUGAUGGAGGACGAUAUAUGAAUCGUGACAUCGAUGUGGCGUCCAGUUUUGAGAAUUUGGAGAAUUGUCGGGCUGAGCUCUUGCGAAAGCUUGAUGAGUUGAAGAACCAUCUUAGUCGGUCUUGUGAAGUGUUUGAGAAAAAUGAUGUGAUGGUUUCUCCUGAUCCUUAUCCCAGAAGUCGUGCUGCUUAUCUUCAAGAGGCGCUGACUACUUCACAUGUUGUAAACCAGCAACGCCCUCGUUUGGGCGAAGCUUCUGGAUAUGCUCCUUACGUCCAUAGGGAUUCACAUUUUCGCAGCGGAUACCAAGAUGAAGGCUUGUCAUAUGCUAACACCUAUCAGGAGGAAAUUCCAAGGGGGGCCUAUGGGUAUGACCACUCGCAAACUAAAUACUUGCAUCAGCCCUAUCAUGACCGUCGCCAUGGGUAUGGUGGCACUGUGGAUCAUCCAGAUGCAAACUUCUUUCACAAUCCUACCUGCUCUUGCGUGCACUGUUUCGAUAAGGAUUGGGAUUUACCUCCUCACGUGCUAGCUAAUCCCGACCACCCUCACCGCAUGCAUCCUAUUGGGCACGAGCCACAGGGUUAUUCUGGAGGCUUCAACUCACAUAGUUCUCACUCUCAGCCAUCUAUAACACCCAAUUCCACAGAUAUUGAUUUUGAAAACGCUGGAAUCCAUCAGACUCGUCUUAGAAAUAUGCAGGAAGCUCGUAGGAAUGGGCUUAUGAUGCGUCCUGUCGCUGGUGGUGCUCCUUUCAUAGCAUGCACCAGUUGCUUUGAAUCGCUGAGGCUUCCGAAACAACACUUUUCAUUGAAAAAAAGGCAACAGAAGCUAAAAUGUGGGACUUGUUCUUCGGUAUUCUUGUUUGAACUCGGGAACAAGGCUUUGACUCUGCCAGUUUCUGGAAGUUUUGACCAUGUAGUGACUGAGAUGGAUGAUUGUUCUAGCUUGGCAGUGGAUGGAGAUGUUGGUUACGAAGAGGGCGGUUCAAAAUUAGCUGAGACGUAUGCGUGCUCUGAUUCUAAUGAUGAUUCUGUUCCCAAGGUUUCUCUAACAGACAAGAAGUCCAGUUCUGAUAAGUAUGAGAAGAAUUUAGAUUCGCUUUCUUCAGUUUCGAGUCCCUCCAAGGAUCGGCAAAUGGAAGAUACUAUUUCAUCCGAAAAACAUGGUUCCUCAUCUGCAAAACUACAUAUAAUGGAAGACACUCUUCCUCCCGAAAAACAUGGUUCCUCAUCUGCAGAACUACAUAUAAAAGUCGAGUCACUUCCACAUCCUAUUUUGUCUAAUGAGGAAUCCCCUGAUCGUUGUUCGGCUAAUCUUGUAGUCGGCCAAUGUGACAAUGGGGAUAAAGGUACAAAAUUUGAGUUAGACUGCAAAGCCACUUGGCAGAAUUCUGUACGAGACUCGGCUGUGUCAACUGAGAUCGAGUCAAAAGAAUUUCCAAAGAGCUGUAUAUCACAGGACACUUGCGACAAAGGUGCAGAGUCUUCAUCUUCAGGUCAUGACGACAGUAGAUCCGGAGACUUCAUGAAAUGGACUCCAAAUGCAGAACUUGGUACAUCACAAGUUUUUGUAAACGGGCACUUGAUACCAGAAAAUCUCGUUCAGAAGGCUGAACUCUUGGCUGGGCCGAUUCAACCUGGAGAGUAUUGGUAUGAUGUACGUGCCGGAUUUUGGGGUGUGAUGGGCUUUCCUUGUCUGGGCAUUAUCAUGCCAAACAUUGAGGAAUUCAAUUAUCCAAUGCCGGAGAAGUGUGCUGCCGGAAACACAGGGGUCGUUGUCAAUGGCAGGGAGCUUCACCAGAAAGAUUUAGACUUACUUGCUGGAAGAGGUCUUCCGAUUCUAAGUGGCAGAUCUUAUCUCGUUAAGAUUUCUGGAGAAGUUAUUUACGAGGAUACUGGGGAAGAGCUAGACAGCAUAGGCAAACUCGCCCCUAGCGUUGAGAGGGCGAAUCAUGGAUUUGGUAUGAAAGUUCCAAGAUUUAUCUCCCGAUACCAAAGCUAGACUUCCAGUAUUCAUCGGGAAGGUAAGAUCCAUCAACUUUUCACGCAACAUGCUAAGUUAGAAAGUUGGUACGACUGCUUCGACAACAUACGGUUAUAGCUUGCUCUUAGAGUCGUGGGGGAACACUUCAACUGGCUGAUCUUCUUUUGAGACCGGUACGUACCUUGUACUCUUGUCUUAAUUUUGGCAUCAUGAGCACAGUGUUCUGGAAUUGUCACAAUUCUUAACUGUAAGAAGAUCAAUAAUAUACUUGUGUGGUGAGUUUCACUUUGUUACUCUUAUUUCAAAUUAUACUUUAAUUUUGGUGUAACAUGAAAAUAGUACAUUGAUUCUGAGAUCUCAGUCUUGCAUUAUUCUUGAGACCUCCUUAUCCAA